UGCAGCAGUGAACUUGAUGAUUGCAAUGCCGGAGCUCACAGACAUCCAGUUUAAUUCUAGAGGUCUUAGUUACAGUGUUAUAGUGCUCAAAGGUACAUUAUAUUACUUUAAAGAAGAAAAACAGAGAAUUAGUUUGCCUUUUCUCUGCAGUGAGGACCCACCAAAUACUUCAAUCUUCGUAGUAAAUGAGAUAUAAAGAUUUGGGUCCUGUGGUAAAUUCUCUGAUCUGACUGGGACUUUCAUUUGCAUCAUUAAUAUAUCAAGGAGAUGUAAAUGUUAAAAACACAUAAAAUGGUCAUUCCAACAUGUCCUCUGUACAAGAUGCUUAACUCAAGUGAUGAACCUUCAAGGAUUUUCCAGUAAAAUAAAAAUGUUCAAAACAUUUCUUAAUAUAACUUGAGGAUGUUUACACUGAGUUUCCUUCACGAUGUCAAAUACAGUGACUGGCAGCAGUUAUUACAGAAUGGCUUUUAAUAAAACAGCUGAGACAUUUUAACAAAAUGAUGGUAAAUUUGAGUUUUGACUCAGCAAAGAACUACAGAGGAGCUGAGUUGCACUUCCGGAAGAUGACCACCUGGGGGCGGUGCUGUGUUAUUCUGUGGACUGAGCGGACUCGAGGUGAUGGAUCCGGUGACAAUGGAUGCAGAUCCCAGCCUGGUUGUGUGAGCGCUGUAAAUCACACACGUAAAUAACAGUGGAAAAAGCUGAAGUCAUGGAUGUCGUCGUAGAGCUGCAGCAGUAGUAGAAGGCCAGCAGGCUGUUUUUGGAGACAAAGCCGGAGUUUUCGUCGCAUCCUGCCGCGUUAUUGUCGGACCAGGCCCGCCCAUACUCCAGAGCAUCUCUAGGAAACCCGGCUACAGCGGACAAUGAACCGCUACAUAUCACAGUGGAGGUGAGCUGCUGUGAAACGAGUUCAGUCAGCCUGAUGCCGUUUACAGCAGAUGAGAUGUGGAUAACGAGAGGCGGCUGAUCCUGAGCAGCUGAACUGUUUCUAACAAUGACCUUCAUUGUAUUAGUGUAUCACCAGCAGCGCCACGGAUUAAAGAUGAAACAAUAAUCAUGGACUUCCCGGGUCAUUUCCAGCACAUUUUCAAGCAACUCAACCACCAGCGCCUCCAGUCUCAGCUGUGUGACUGUGUGGUGGUGGUUGGAGGUCAGAGUUUCCGGGCUCAUCGCUCCAUCCUGGCAGCUUCCAGCUCUCACUUCAGAGCCCUCCUGAGCUCCACUGACAGCGCUGAUGAGGUUGGAGGAGCGAGAGCUGACAGAGGUGAAGCUGGAGGCCCCAGCGUGAUGGAACUAGAUCCAGAGGUGGUGACCCCUGAGGCCUUCUCCACCCUGCUGGACAUGAUUUACACCUCCACCCUCUCCCUGGGGUCCUCCAAUGUCAUGGAUGUGCUGCUGGCGGCCUCGCACCUGCACCUGAAUGCUGUGGUGAAGGCGUGCAAGCUCCACCUGUCCAAGAAAAACUUCCCUGCCUCGCCGCCUAAAGGGUGGAGGUCGGUGCAGCAGCAGCAGCAGUGUCCCACAUUGCAGGCAGAGAGGUCAUCCUCGCAUCAGCAGGUCACAUCUGCAAUGGAGGAGGAUGCAGAUGAAGAGGUAGUGGGAGUUGAGGUAACCCAGUCGGGUGGAGGUGAAGAGCAGGGGGCGAAGAGGAGAGUCAGUGGCGAGGGGAGUGCAGCAUCGCCACCCCUGAGGCUUAAAAGGAAGUCACACGAUGACAGACUUGGCGACAGGAAGAGAAGCAGCAGGUUGGCCGGGGAAAACUACAAGGAGUGCUCCCCUACUGUGACCAGCAGGAGCACCAUCAGCGCAGAAGAGGGCGGAGAAGACCUGCUGUUCCCGGACUGCCUGGGGACGGCCGAUGGACUCUGGGGGAGCCGAGGCGACGAGGAGGUGGAGGAGAAAUACGAAGCAACCAAGGGGGAGUUGGAGGAGAUCCAGCUGCCCAGCCAGUCAGACAGCAGCACGGGAGGAGGUGUGGGCCCGUGGGAGAAGGACGGAGGUACGGAUGGAGGCACAGUGGUGAAAGUAAAGGUGGGGGAGGAAGGGGAGGAGGAGGGAGAGGAGCCAAAGAUGGAGGUGAUUGAGGUGAAAAAGGAAAAUCUAAGCACAUAUUCCCCAGAUUUGGAUACUCCUCCAUCUCCAGUGCAGGACUGCACAGACAGCUUAGUAAAUGAUGAGAAAAUGGCCACAACAUCCACCCUGACAGAGGGCGGUGUCAGCUCCUUACAACCUCAGCUGUGCACAGAGCUUCAGACUGGUGCACACAGUGAGGCUGGAGGUUUGGGUGAGGACUCUGUAGACGGUGAAGGCCUGGACAGCCUGUCGGAGCUGGCCUUCUCCUGCUUCCUCAAUCCCAGUGCUGAGAGUGUAAUGGGAGCUCUGGAGGAAGAAGACAGCCUGGCCAGUCUCACAGCUGCUGCUACUGCAGCCGCCGCUGCCAGUGAUGCUCCUGCAGCAGCUGGAAGUAUAGGUGAAGCAUGCCAAAACUCAGAAGAAGCAAACACUGCUUCUGCUCAGUCCUCUGAUUCUUCCUCCUCCUCCUCCUCCUCUCUUGUGUUUCCAGUAACUUCUGUCCCCUUGCAGCAGCUUCUCCCGACUCAGAGCCCCGGUUUUAGUGACACCCUCAUCCUGCAGCCCACCCAGAACUCUUUAGCGGGGUUCCUGAGCGGCAUCAGGCCAGGCCUCAGUCUGGAAGCCUCCCUCGUCCAACCCCCCAGAGCAGGGAAAAGCUCGACCACCUUCCGUCGCAUCGCCCCCAAAGUGCCGCCCGGAUCAGAAGCCGGCGCGGAUGCUUCCUCCUCCUCCGGAUUGGCGGGGGAUGCUGCCGAUCGUCCGCCUCUGACCAGAGCCUCUGAGGACGUCCUUUCCAAGUGCAAGAAAGCGGCAGCUGAGGACCACGUGCUGUUAGUGGAAGGGGAAAAGAAGUACGCCUGCAAUAUCUGCUGCAAGACCUUCAUGAACCUGACCGACUGCAAGAAGCACAUUCGCGUCCACACGGGAGAAAAGCCCUACCCCUGUCCCAAGUGCGGCAAACGCUUCAGCCAGUCCUCCCACCUUUACAAGCACUCGAAGAACACCUGUCUGAACUGGAGAGACGAUCAGUCUUUCCCAGACGCUCUGCUCUGACCUCUUAGCCAGAGGCUCACACUCGACACAGUCACUCUCUGAACUUGAGUAUUUAUUCAUCCCAAUCAAUUUUUGUUUAAUUUAUUUUAAAUGAAAUCAAAGUCACUUUGCUGAUGUAUCUCUUAAGUUAUUUGAUGGUUUUACGUUUUCAACCAUGCUGUAAUUUCUUUUAAUAAUUGAAACAUAAAAUGUAGCCCACCUGAUGUGAAUGCACUGAAAAUAUUCUCAAAGAUAACAUGGUUUACAUCGCUGCCAAAUGAAGAGUGAUGAGAAAACACAUGAUGCACUUGGUAAUUUUUAUGGCGCUUGAAUCUAUUUCGAGCUUGAGGAUGUUUUUAAAAAAAAUAGUCACACACACAUAGCUUUACGUUUCUACUAAAUGACAGGUUUUUAUUCUUCAGAAAAAUCCCAUUUCACUGGAGUGUUGUACUGUUUAGUAAGUGACGACAUGGAGCAUUAUCAGCAGGAUAAAGUGCAGACCAACAAAUGUAAUGCAAAUCUUUAUGGCAAGUGCUACUUUUAGAAUGAGAGAGAUAAUAAAUCACUGAUUCUGUUUUGAAGGGAACAUUUUAAAUGCAAAUGAGAAAAGGUUUUUACAGUUUAACUGCAGACAGUUCCAGUAAGACCAGACAUGUACGGAGCUAAGGUAAAGGAGUGCUGCUAGUUUGUUGCUAGUUCAUCAUCCUCUUUUUGAAGAACUUGCAAACAUAUCUGAAACGACUAAACCCUGCACUGAGCAUUUCCUUCCUCAAAAAUGUCACACUGUAUAUUAAAAGUGCAAUCCUCUGAAACUGUGACAGGGUCAAAUGAAACUAUCAAGCUGACACUGACACAAUGUCUGAUCUACGUUAGUAUUCUUACUAUUCUUUUCAUUCCUGCACUGUUUUUAUCUCGCAUCAGAGACUGUUAUCAGACAAGCAUGUUGCUGUUCUCUGAUAAUCCACGCAGCACCAGAGGAGGCGGCAGG